AUGAAGAUGGCAGUGACAUCGACAACGUCAAAAACCUCCAACUGCACAAUGUUGUCAGCGGGUUCCGUUCUGCGAGAGCUAAGACGAAAAGCUGCGUUUGACAGUAUGCGGUCGGAGUUUUCGCGCUUAGUCGCCGAGUUCCUUGCUCCUCAUGCUUACACGACACAAGAAGCGUCGACGAGAAGAAAAAAAACCGCUUCUGCAAAUGCUGAGGAUGCGGCAGAGCAGCAUGUAGAAGUUGUGCGGCUGCAGGCACCAGAAGCGACUAGUAAGAGCGGAUCAGCACCAUCUACUACAUCCUCGAGUUCGCGGAAUUCACAUAGUAGACAAGAGAAGGAGAGAGAAGGGGAGCGUGUUAAGAACGGCAAUCGUAGGAUGAAGAAAAACAAGUCAACCUCUCCAACUACGUCUUCGCCGCUUCACCUUGAACCUCCUCGAGAGGCAUUGAACCGCUUCAUUUUUUCCGGUGAUGAAGAAAGCUUGGCGUUUGAACUUCUGGAUGACCUCCCGCUAAAGCUUGACAACUGGUACCCAACAGAGCUCGAAAAAGCCUUACAGAAUCGUCGUGCUUGGCGGGCUUGCCUCCUCCAGUGGCUCCAGGAUCAUGAUAGUGGCUCGGAUGAAGGGCCAAAGAACGAGACGAAGUUGAAGAAGCCAGAUCACGUGAGCGGCCAUGUAUGGAAAUUACUCGAAGUCGAACCGUCUGUACGGCCAGGGGCAGCAGAAGAUGCCGUACAGGAUAGUGCACAUGAAGAAAUUGCAUCAACAGCAAACGCAUUGCGAACUGCUGCACGCGAAAUCGUAGCACCGAAAAUCUUGCCAAUAGCACGAAGAAUCGCUGUAGAGAUGACAAAGCUUCGAGCUUCCGCUUUUCAACUUGAUCUUUGUGAAGAUGCAAAUGGAAAAGGUGUUACAUCAGCCGAUACUAGUGCGGAGAACGUUGUAGAGCGUGGUGGACAGGAAGGCAUCAAGGAGCUGGAAAGACCGGAGCAGCAGGAACCAACAGUUGAAGUCGAUUACGAUCCAAAGAACCGACUGUAUACGCUGAGCAUAAAAGAGCCUGAUGAAUCCGCGGAUAAUUCGGUUUGCCUCUCCGAAUGGGCGAUGCAAAAAUUGUCUACCUUGUUUGACAAGAACUGCGGCAUAGAAUUUUACACGGCUGUUUUCUGUUGCGCCCUUCGUUAUACAGCACUAUGCGGCGAAGACAUUGAGGGAGCGGGUCUGCAGGCGGCGAUGCCGCAACGCGUGUUCGACGUUUUGCCUUCAUCAACUAUGGAAUGCUUCGCCAGUCCCUUUAAUGUCUCUAGACAAGGGCCAAUCAGUGACGUCGCUGAACUUCAGAGUUCUGGCACUUCCAUGAUAAGCAGCGUCGCACUGGCAGACUCACCGACUGCGUCUACUGAAGCCGGCGAAGGAGGUACUGAUGAUAAGGCGACUGCUCCAGACAAACAGUCAGACGGAGUAGAAGCUGCUUCUCCAGCACGAAAAAAACGAAAAACUGAACGAGAGGCUCCUGCUGAAUUGGAAAAGACAAGUAGAAGUUCAUCUUCUAGUUCUACUUUUCAUCCCUACUGCAGCGUUUUUCCGGAAGACCGUGCCUUUGGGAGCAGCGGGAGCUUUUUUGAUCUUGACGCGUUGCCUUCCGACACUGAUUUGUUCGAAGUUAAUCCGCCGUUUGAUGUCGUGUUCAUUGAGCGCACAUUAGAAAAAAUCGAGAACCAUCUAGGUGCGGGCUGUGGGCGUCCUCUAGCAUUUCUGAUCAUUCUCCCCGAGUGGCUUUCACAAGGUGCCUUUCGUGCGAAAAGCCCGAUCGACGACGUUUUAUUGAAAAGCUUUUAUCUUCGAGCUACUGCGGUAAGGCGACCGCACAAACACAAAUACGUUCGAGGUCGCUGCUGGCAUUGGAGAAAACUCCCGACAGAGACUGGGCCUCCGCUGCAACCGGGAAUCAGCAAGUCGAGGGCCACAAUUCUCUCGAACUAUCUGACAAGGAAAGCAGCGCAGAGCCUUUUGGACAAAGUACUUCAAAGCUGGUCGUAGGAUGUUGAAGGAGAUUCACUGCCACGACGUUGAAGUAAAGAUUAAUAAUUGUAUCACCCCUCAUGUGGAAAGUAUAUCACUCCAGUAGUUCAACAACUUCUUUUGCCCGCUAUUUCAAUAAUUUACCCCUUUCUUUCACAUCACACCUACACCCCCCCGAAUCCCUUCGUGAAUGCGAGGUUCUCCAACGAAUGACAAGUCAAGUCCCUCCGCGCUUGCGUCUUGAGUCCCAACAAUGA